UUCACAUGCUAGAUCCAUACAGCGCUACGACACAAACUGGAGCUCUCCGUAGACACUAAACAGCUGCUUUAUUAACUGUAUUCAGAGUUUAUAACCAUCCGGCGGGUCAGGAAGGAUCCAGCAGCGGGACUCGGGCUCACAUUCAGCCGGCCAUGUCCUCCUCUGAUGCGGUCAUCACCGUGCGGCUGGUCCGCUCCUUCGAGCACAGAAACUUUAAACCUGUUGUUUUUCACGGAGUCGAUUUGGACCAGACGGUGCCGGACUUCAUACAGCUGGUCAAAGACGGUAUUGCAACAAGAGCAGGACUCCCCCCUCCCUUCAGGAAAUAUGCUUACGACACAAUGAAGAUUGUCCACCAGGCCCAUGGAGCAAAGACGAAUGAGUUGGUGAUGAGCUUAGACGACGAUGAAAAGCUCAUUCUCAGAGACGGUCUAACCCUCAGAGAAGCUGGCGUAGCCAAUGAAACAGAAGUGGCUUUCUUCAAAGGAGAAGAUUACGGCCUCUUUAAAGCAAACCCCACAUCCUUUUGGUGACCCUGAGGGUGUUCAGUUACAGCCAAGAUUAUUGUUUUUGAUGGAGGCCAAACUCCAAGCAUGCUGGAGCGAUGAGGAAAACAAAAACAGCCCCGUCAUGUUUCUUCUCCGGGUUUUUCUUUUUAUUAGUUAGGUUGUUUUUUUACACUGAAGCUUAUUCUCCACCACACUGGUGUGCCUUUUAUUUCUGUUUGUCAUCACAUAUUCUUCUGGUGCUCUGACCAAAGAUUGAAUUCAACUAUUGUUUUAAAAUAUGUUGAAUAAAGUGUUCUUAAUGUC